AUGGCCUCCAAUACAAGUCGAUCCGCUCAUUUGGCAAAGGUUAUCACUGAAAGCAGCAAUAAGAUCGAGGUAUAUCGUCAGGAACAAGGACUACCGCCCCUAAGUCUGGGACCUGAUGCACCCCUUGAUGUUAAAUACCCACCAGAUGUGGAAGAAUGCCGAAGAGCUCUUAUCGAUGCUAGCCUGGAGUUGGGCGACCUAGCGACAGGUCCUGUCGAGCUUCGCCUCGUACCUGGAUGGGCAGUCAUGACGAUGUUUGGUGUGACCCAGUUCAUCUGUGACUUCAACAUUGCCCAUCAAGUGCCUUUGACAGGCGAUGUGUCGUAUGAUGACCUCUCCAAGGCUGUCAACGUCACUGCUCCCGUACUCCGUCAGGUCUUGCGGGCCGGCAUGCCCUACCAUAUGUUCUACGAGCCACGGCCAGGCCACGUGGCGCACACGGCGACGACCAAGGUCAUCGCGAGGGAGCCAUUGAUCAAAGACUGGACCGGCCUGUCUACGGACGUCUUGUAUCCCGCUGGUACUGGUUUAACCGAAGCCUUGAGAAAAGAACCCGCGGCCAACGAUCCCGCCAAAACCGGCUUCAUGUACGCCAAAGGAAACGGCGAGUCCGGUAUGUUCAUGUACCUUGAGAAGCACCCAGAACAGGCUCGAAGAUUUGCAGGCGUUAUGGGAGCAUUCCAUCAGGACGACGGAUAUGCGCCACGACACCUCAUCGACAGUUGGCCGAAUGACUUUCAGGCCGGGAAACUCGUUGACUUGGGCGGAUCCACGGGCGCUGUGGCAUUUGCGCUCGCUGAAGAGUUCCCAGGACUUGAGAUCGUCGUUCAGGAUUUACAUGGGGCACUUGAAACUGCUCAAGUUCGAGAGGGCAAGAAUGUGUCGUUCAUGCCUCAUGACUUCUUCAACGAGCAGCCUAUCAAGGACGCCGACGGAUUCAUGUUUCGUUGGGUCUUGCACAAUUGGCCCGAUGUUCAUGUCCAACGUAUCCUAAGAGCUUUAGUCCCAUCCCUCAAACCUAAUAGCAAAAUCAUCAUCUUUGACGAAAUUAUGCCUCCGGCUGGCUCGAUGAGCCUGAGCGUCGAGCGAUGUCAACGAAACAUUGAUUUCGGCAUGUUGACUCUCUUCAACUCCAAGGUAUGUACAACCACCAAGAUCAUCAAAUCUUUCUCCAUUCUUACAUGCGAGUCCUUUUCGCAGAUCCGUGAUGUCGAGGAAUGGAAAGAAGUUAUCACCGAGUCCGAUCAGCGCUUUAAGGUCGCGGGCGUCAGAUACCCUGAGAAUUCUCGACUGUCUCUCAUUGAAAUAGUAUGGCAACCAUAG